AUGAGCAGAGGGAUGGAAAGUGGAGGACCCAGCGGAAACUCGUUCGCCUCGGCGAGGACCUCGAACUCCAACCUUAGUCAAGAUCACAGCACGGUGACGCUUGGGUCUGCCUCCCCAGUGCUGCGGGCGGUUAGCAGCCCAACGCCCGCCGCGACACCCGCCUCUCCGCCGCCUGAGGCGGACAACCUGGAGGGACAGUCAAAAGACUUCCUUAUUCAACGCGUGCGAGCACUAGAGCGUCAGCUGAAGAUACGCAACAGUGACUGCGCGCGCCUGCUAGAGGAGCGCAAGCAGCUGCUGCCGCUGAAAGAGAAGUGCGAAUCGCAGCGGGAAAUGAUCGUAGCGCUGCGUGAUCAGCUGAAUUUGGCAAAGGUGCAAUGCGAGUCUGCAAACGAUGCGAUGGAGGAGAUGCAGCGCCGGCAGCGCAACAAAGAACACCGCGAGCGCGUGGCCUAUGCAGAGCGCGCCCUGUACGGUGCCAAUGCCCCUCCCGGGUCUACCACUGGAAACACGAGUAGGCCAGCAACUUCCAGCUCAGCAAAUGCCACGCCCGCUUCGGCGCCGAGAAGUAACGACAUGCGGCGUGCUCCUGGAGGGACCGUGGUAAACACCACGUCCGGACCACAAAUAAUGUACGACAGCUCUGACAUCUCCUCUGUGGGCUUCACCAAGAAUGCAAAGUUGCCGUACGACUUCCUGGGUGGACCUGGAGUGCAGCUGCAGUACCUCAGUCCCUACCACGGGAACUCGUGCAGCGGUGCUGGAGAGGAACCGGAAGGCGGUUGCGACGCCUCCGAUGAUGCUCAGGUGCGCCGCACGAUGGCAACAGCGGCGGAGGCGAUUGAGAUGGAUGCCAAGCACACGGAGAAAGAGGACGAAGAGUAUCAGGCACUAGUGGCACGCCUCAAGGCACUGCGCGAUGGAGACAAGUAG